GAAAUAACAAAAAAGGCAAGGACGCAAGGUACAUAUGAGCUCAUCACAAGAACUUUUGUGUAAUUCUGGGCAAUUUUUUUUUGAGCAUUUUAGGGAUUUCGCGAAAACUAAAAGAAGCGAUCAUCUGUUCAUUCGCAUUUCUCCGUGCUCCAAUACUUGCGUCCUCCAUACUUCUCUCGUGAAAUAAAAUUUGAAGCCCUAGAAAAAAACUCUUAACUGAAUUUACACUGUAAAAACCAAAAAUGGCACCUCCACCUGCUAACAAUCACCUCAAUGUCGUCGAAAUUCUGAGUGACGACGAAGAAAUCGCCGCACCUGAGCCAAGUAGCAAAACCCCCGCUCUUCCACAAUCUUCUACAGUUAACUCUGUGGAUCCCGAAUUCUCGAAGCAAAAGCUUGAUUGUCGAAGUUUCUGGAAAGCAGGUUCUUAUGAAAUUGGUCCAUCAUCUUUUGUUCCUGCACAUGGUGAAUUGGAGCAUGCACGUGUUCACCCCAAAUUUCUUCACUCCAAUGCUACCUCUCAUAAGUGGGCUUUUGGUGCGAUCGCUGAGCUCUUAGACAAUGCUGUUGAUGAGAUACACAAUGGCGCUACAUUUGUGAAGGUUGAUAAAAUCGUUAAUGUGAAGGAUCAUUCUCCUGCACUACUUUUCCAAGAUGAUGGUGGUGGAAUGGAUCCAGAGGGCAUAAGGAAAUGUAUGAGCUUGGGUUACUCGUCGAAGAAAUCAAAUACUACAAUUGGACAAUAUGGCAACGGUUUUAAGACAAGUACCAUGCGACUGGGUGCUGAUGUGAUUGUUUUAAGUCGUUCGACUCAUUCAGGGCGAGCUACACAAAGUGUUGGUCUACUGUCUUAUACUUUUUUACGGCUGACAGGGCAAGAUGACGUCAUUGUCCCUAUGGUUGAUUUUGACAUAUCUAACCAUUGGGCAGAGCCAAUAAUCUAUAGCUCGAAAGAUGACUGGACAGCAAACUUGAAUAAUAUCCUUGAAUGGUCUCCCUUUGCUACAAAGGAGGAUCUUAUGAUGCAGUUUGAAGAUAUUGGACCUCAUGGAACAAAGGUUAUAGUAUACAACCUUUGGCUGAAUGAUGAAGGCAUAUAUGAACUGAGUUUUGAUGACGACGAUGAGGACAUAAAGCUAAGGGAUGAAGCUAGUCGAGUAAGUGGGUUGAAAGUAAAUAAACGAACUCUUGAUUUGCAAUCACACAUCUCAUAUCGCCUUCGAUAUUCGUUGCGGGCAUAUUCUUCCGUUUUGUACCUAAGAAAGUUCAAGAACUUCAAGAUCUUGUUGAGGGGGAAACCUGUCGAACAAUUUAAUAUCGCAGAUGAGCUCCAAUACAAACAAGUGGUGACCUACAAGCCGCAGCUUGCUGCAUCAUCUAAAGAGGUCUUAGUCAAAACGACUAUUGGGUUCAUAAAAGAAGCUCCAGAUCUUAAUGUCUCUGGGUUCAAUGUAUACCAUAAAAAUCGCCUCAUAAGGCCUUUCUGGAAGGUCUCACGUGAUGGUAGUUCUGUGGGGAAUGGAGUUGUUGGUGUCCUUGAAGCAAAUUUUAUAGAACCAGCACAUGACAAGCAGGAUUUUGAGAGGUCGUCACUGUUUAUCCGGCUAGAAUCAAGGAUGAAGCAAAUGGUUUAUGAUUACUGGAAGAACCACUGUCAUUUUGUUGGAUUCCAGCGGCGUGAUAUUCCUCCUGCGGGACCUCCAGCUAAGAUAAAAAAGUUAUCUCAUGCUGAUGACCAACUUGUUGGCCUUCCAGCGACUGGAGUUCAGGAGAGGUCAACUCCUAAUAGGCCCCUUGUUGGUCUUUCUGCUGGAUCCAGAAGAAAUUAUCAGGAGGAUACAUCUGCUGAGCAGUCCAUAGUUGAGCUCUCGACUCAUAGGCCAAACUUGAUAGACCUGAGAUGCAUCUGGAAAGGUUUUAAGCUUGAGCUCAGUUAGUAUGAGAAUGCUAAAUCUGCACAUUCUAGGUGUGGUGAUCUUGAGCUCUAUGAGCAUGAGAAAGUUGAACUUCACUUCAGAUAAGUUUGCAAGUGUUGGUACUGCUACUGCUCAGCUUGGCUGGCUUUUCUAACUUUGUUUGUUUCCAUGUGUAUAUGGACUAUGUUCCAGUUAUAUGAUUGUUUUUACUUUAGCGCUUAGAUCUAUUAUUUCUUGUGUUUUCAAUUAGCAUGAUUUGACCCUUAAAUCCAAUAGUAUGCAAUGUUAGUUUGUAAAGUUAGCGUUUUGGGAGUUCUAGAAGCUUGUAGCUUUGAUCCUGCGAUUCCCAAUCAAUCACUCUAGAGUAAUACAAAGGUUCUUUCAUGGAGAUCCCCAAUAAUCUCCACUUUUCCUCAAUGUGGUAAUCUUUUUAGUCAAAAAGUUGAGAAAUUAUUUCUAUCAGAAAAAUAAAAUCUAUAUAUAUUACCUCUACAAGAUGUCCUCGAAUAAUAAUGAUCAUGUGGCUGGUUGUUGAAGCUAUUGAGGCUUGUUCGAGAUAUGGGCAUGAAUAUGGUCGAUAGUUUAUGUCAGACACAUCAUCUAAGAGCCAUAUGAGUAUAAUAGUUCUGGCAUUUUACUAGAACUGAACACUUUACUUUGAGAUGAAUGAGAAAAUGUGCAUUAUUGUGAUAGUUUGCUGGAGCUUUGGAUUGGAUUGGAUUGGAUUACAUGAUCAUAUAUAGUUAGUUAUCAAUAUGUACCAGUACCAGUGCCAAUACUCAAAUCUGGAGAAAUCCUGAUGCAGGUCUUAAGCCUCCUUUGCUCUACUUAUAUUGACCAUGAGGAAUAUUAGUAUUUGUGAAGUCACUUUUCAAGAUUAUUGAGGGCUUUGGUUUUGAUAUUAUUUUCCUUAGAUUGUGUUUUUCCACCAUCAUAUUUGGCUCUUGGGAGGAGCUUUUUUUUUUUUUUGAAGCAGGGGGAAGGGGACUUGCCUAAACAUCUACAUAUUGGAGUUGUCUUAAUUAACACACCCAAGAUCUUGUUUCCACACAUUGAAAUUGGGAUUAGUUGGUUGAUUUAAGGGAUGAUAAGUACUUUAUGGUUUCAGAUUUAUGGGGAUAAGGAAAUUUGGUUGGCUAGGAUGGUCUUUGUACAAAAAUUACGCUGAAAGAUUAAAGAGAGGAUCAGAGAUGAGAGACACAUGUUGCCAGGAAGGGCCUUGUACACAUUGUACAUUUGUGCUGAUAGGGUAAUGAGAGCAUUAGUGAUGAUAGAUGAGGGAAAGAUGAUUGUAUUGUUUUGAAUUGAAAUAGUCAAUCCCUCUAUUUGGAGUCUGUUUGGGCCUGUACAUUGUACAACAUACAUUUACUUCGUUGUUAUUUGGAGUUUGUUUUGGAAAGCUUUGACAAGGUCUAGUAUAACCUUUGAGUGGUCCAAGUGUAUUUACAUAAU